AUCUUUCUCAUCAAAACAUUAGCUUGUAGUGAAGCCUUAAAAUAGCUAAAACAAAAAAGGAAAAAAAACAAACAAACUUUUUAGUUUAUUUUUAAUUUUUAUUUUGUGGGUUCUUCAAAAUGGUGGAGGUGAUCAGAAACCCUGGCAUGAACAGGAGUUUGAACAGAGAGAAUCCAGAUAUUUUGAUUGUGAUGAUUAUAAUUGCAGUGAUGAAGCAGAUAAUGAGAGGUGGUGAUGAAGACGACGACAAACAAAUGAUGGGCCCUUUAAUUCUAAAGCCUGCAACAGAGCAAAAUAAGUGGCAUUGCUGCACCACAGAGCCUGCUUUGGGAAAUCCCAUGAAUCUACAUGGAAAUUCUUGAAGGUGGAUUUUAUUGUGCAACAGUUAUUUAGAUGAUGCAAAUGAUCUCUAUUAGUGUGUUCUGUUGUUCAAGAAAGAGUUUAGAGGAGUAAAAACAACUGUGUUGAGAAGUUGACAAACAAUUCAUAAGAAAAUUGUGUGAUUUUGUUUAUCACAUGGUAUGAUGGAGAAUCGUUUGUUUUUAGAUAUGGCCGGCGGAGAAAGUUCACUUACCAUUGAAGGAAUUAGGUCACAGAUAGCUUCAGACUCGCUUGUACAUUUUGAUUCCUUUGAUCUUAAUAACCAAUACCGCGCAUUGAAUGGAUAUGCAAUGCUUUCUACAUUUCAAGGACAUCCUAUUGAUACUGAUGAUCGAGCUGCAAUUGCAAAUGCAGAAGGGUUAGUUACAUCAUUAGGGAGGAAUGUUGCAAGAGAAUCCGAGUUCCAUGAGCAAUUUGUCGGUGGAACACCGAAUUGUGGUCCUGCAGUAGCUACUCUUGUGGAAUCAAGGAUUGGUCUUCAAGAAAAUCUAAGCAGCUUAGCAAUUGCAGAACCUUCAAUGUAUCCUUUGGAGGUUUUCGGAAAUUACAACUUUUCUAAUGGUUUGAAUUCUUCGAUUUCUUCCUCAAUGCGUUAUGGUUGUGAUGAAGUAUUUGGUAACGUAAAUGCUAAUGAUCAUGUUUAUGGUCGCUGCAACUUUAGCAAUGAGCUGUCUUUAAGUUUAGCAACAUCUCAACCUUCUGCUAUAAACGGGACUCAAAUCCCUGAUCAAUGCUCGGAGAUAAGUUGCUCCGACGUAACACGUCAUUGCUUCAAGGAAUCAAUUGUAGGAUCAGAACUAAGUUCUUCAGACAGUAAGGAGCUUUCUCUAAGUUGUGGCUCCUAUGGGGCUGGUCAAUUCUCGCAAGUUAUUUCCGGAUCGAGAUAUCUUCAGGUUAUGCAGGAGAUACUUGCACAAAUUGCAAGAUUUUCACUGGAAAAUUUUGACCCAAUGAUCUUUUCAGCUGGCGGGAUCAAGAUGGGGUCAAAUAUGUCAUUCUCUUCGAGUCGCCCGAUGGAGAGAGGGAUGCGUCUGAUAGGUUCCGAUGAUGUGGAUGAGGGAUUUGAAUCUCAAAUUGAUCCUGCACUUCAAAAACGAGCUAUGGAAGCAAAAAAGACACAAUUGCUUACCCUACUUCAAGUGGUUGAUGACCGAUACAGCCAAUGUUUGGAUGAGGUACACACGGUUGUCUCUGCAUUCCAUGCUGCAACCGAAUUAGACCCUCAGAUACACACUCGUUUUGCUCUCCAAACGAUUUCCGUCUUGUACAAAGGCCUCAGGGAGAGGAUCAGCAAUCAAAUCCUUGCUAUAGGAGCACAUGAAGGUGCACAUGAAACUGAAGGGUCUCUUGAAAGUUGCUAUUUGCAAAAGCAAUGGACCCUGCAGCAACUGAAGAAGAGAGAACAUCAGCUUUGGAGACCCCAGCGUGGCUUGCCCGAAAAAUCCGUCUCCGUGCUACGGACAUGGAUGUUUCAGAACUUCCUUCACCCGUAUCCAAAAGAUGCAGAGAAACAUUUGCUUGCAGUAAAAAGUGGGCUGACUAGAAGCCAGGUUUCGAACUGGUUCAUUAAUGCACGAGUUCGGGUAUGGAAACCGAUGAUCGAGGAAAUGUAUGCCGAGAUGAACAAGAGAAAGGCUCUUCAGAAUGAGGAGGGAGUUGGAAGCAUCACCAAUUUUAGAAAUCACAUUAGCAUCAGCAAUUUAAGAUUCAAUAUGAAUUAAAGGUUGAGAAAAUAUAUAAAAUAUUGUGAUGGGAGAAACCAUUAUUAAUUAGUUUAAUAUUUUGGUGGAAUCCAUUAAGUUGGAUACAAAAGUGUAUAUAAAUACUUCCAUAAAGAUUGGGAGUUCGAUAGGGAUUGUCAAAUCAUCUUUUAAUUAAGCUGUCUCAUUGAACAAUUGAUCUAAAAUGCAAUGCUGAUUGUAUUUUGUUUGCU